AUGACUUUUUAUAGUUUCUGUUUGCUUCUCUUUGCGUUUACUUGGAAUACCUCUGCCUAUGCCUAUGGACCGAAUCAAAGGGCACAGAAGAAAGGAGACAUUAUUCUUGGGGGGCUGUUCCCCAUUCAUUUUGGAGUGGCUGCUAAACACCAGGAUCUGAAAUCUAGACCAGAAUCCGUUGAAUGCAUAAGGUGAGCCCAAGCGAAAAUGUGUUAACAGUCACUCACUCCCAAAGCCUGCUACCCACCAAGUUCAAACUAAGUGCUGUAUUGCUAAGUAGUAAAGCCUUGUUCUGUUGUUAUUUAAGUGGCCCAGCUUUCCAAGGCUGCAAUCCUAAUAUACAUUUAAUAAAUGAAUGCUUUUUAGUUUCUGCCCAGGAACUGUUGGAAUCGACCCUUAGAGGGAGCCUCCAUAAAAAUAACAACUUGGUAGCCAGUGGCUAUGAUUAGGGUGUUGGCUUCUGCUGAGGCUCUCCAGCAAGACUCCAGCAAGACUGAUGUGAAAAAAAGGAAAGAUUGCAGCCUACGAAAGAGGCAUGGGGGACAUAAGACUAUAAAUAGAAUUAUUAUUUCCCUGCUUCCCAUCCCUACCAGGCUUUGUGAACAACCAGAACGGUGUCUGGUAAGUUUGCAUGCCCUGAAAUGUAGUUUUACAGUUGAUCUGUAGCUCUUAGGGAAAAAAGUGAAUGUACAUUUCAGUAGCUAGAGCAGGCUCCCAAACUCUGUUGCAAUUCUUGUCCCUGCAAAUGUGUAGGUGAAAGUUUCUUUACCAUAGCUGUCAAGCGUCCCUUAUUUGGCGGGACAGUCCCUUAUCCCAGCACUGUGUCCCGCUGCUGUCCCUUAUUGAUGAUGUCCCUUAAAUUUCCCGGGUUUCAAAGGAAGCAGCUCCUCUCCCUUCCUUCCUCCCUGCCGGCCAGGGAGGAGGGAGGCUCCAACUGUGUUGCUUGGCUGGGCUGCUCACCCAAUAAGGAGUCUAAGAACGACUGGGGGGGGGGUGGAGCUUGCAUGCCUUGUGCUGAUCAAAUCAGCUGCGUUGCCUGGGGACUCGCCUUUGCUCAGCGCUUCCCAGCGGAGAGGUGACAGUGGUUUUCCUUCAGGCUUCGUUUGGCUGCUGGCUGGGCUUUCUGCCUUUGGCUCGGAGGGGCUCAGAAGUUGAACAUACCUGUGCUCGGAAAAUCCCUUAUUUUGGCUGCUGAUCCCUUAUUUUUGAGGCUGCUGGUCCCUUAUUUUCAAAUCUGUAAGUUGACAGCUAUGUUCUUUACCCAGCACUGGUAUAGCACAGUGGUGGGCAAAGAAACUACAGAUCAGCUGUGAAACUUCAUUUCAGGGCAUGCAAACGUAUCAGACAAAUACAUAACCACCUCCUCCUUUGCUCCCACAGUAGGCAAAAUUGGAGCAAAGUGCAUUGGGAGCACUGAGGGAGGGUGGAGGAGGUUAAAACUACCUUGCUAUUACUGGCCUGACUCUGAGAGCUCUCCACAGAUGUGGGUGCUAUUGCCCUGCAUUCUGUUAGUGACUCGUGGAGGUCAGCAAUUGGAGUGCUUGAAGCCGAUUGGUUUUAGAACCAUCACAAAAGUUCUAAAUGCAAAUAAUUGUUUGGAUUGACUAGGGGUCCAGGUGGCUAGGAUAACUCCUAAUGGGAAUAAUAAUAGUUUUCCAGCCUACCUUUUGGAACCUACUUCCCCCAAAUGACUAGAACCAUGGCAGUGCAGUGCCUGCCCUCCCCCUGCAUGUGCUAUCCCUAAGAACAGGCAUCCCCAAACUCGGCCCUCCAGCUGUUUCGGGACUACAACUCCCAUCAUCCCUAGCUAACAGGACCAGUGGUCAAGGAUGAUGGGAAUUGUAGUCCCAAAACAGCUGGAGGGCCGAGUUUGGGGAUGUCUGCCUAAGAAGCAGUUCCAGAAGGAUACCUUGGUCAAUAGGUAUUUUUAAAAAAUUGAGAGGUCCAGAAGAAUCAACAACGUUACACAUAUCGCCUGUCACUAUCAGAAUUAAUCUUGGUCGGUUUCAGCAUGUAUGAAAUGGCCAGUUGUUCUGCAGUUUUGAGUUUACUUCUUUGAAAUGAAUAGAAUCAUAGCUCUUUGAUGGAAAGAUAGACUUUGGCCAUGCUCCUUAGUUUACUCACACACUUGUUCUUCACUCUUAUCCCCGCCUUCAAGCCAGUUGUCAUUAUUUUAAUUUCCGCCCUCUUUUUCGUAGGUAUAAUUUUCGUGGUUUCCGUUGGCUUCAGGCCAUGAUCUUUGCCAUUGAGGAAAUUAAUAACAGCCCAACGCUUCUUCCCAACAUGACUCUUGGAUACAGCAUAUUUGAUACCUGCAACACGGUCUCCAAAGCCCUGGAAGCCACGCUGAGUUUUGUGGCCCAAAACAAGAUAGACUCUCUGAAUCUGGAUGAGUUCUGCAAUUGCUCAGAGCACAUUCCCUCCACAAUCGCAGUGGUGGGAGCAACUGGUUCUGGGAUCUCUACUGCCGUGGCCAAUCUUCUGGGUCUCUUUUACAUACCUCAGGUACUGAAUAUAUGCUACUCUUUUCCCGAAUGUGGAAUGUGUGUGUGUAGCAUGGGGGCUUUUCAGCUCAUUAACACCAAAGAGCAUUCAAAAUCCAAACUAAAAGCAGAUAAAACAAAUCACAGCCAGCAAGACUAAAGUACACAAAAGACUGGCAGAAUAAAACUUGAACGUAAUUUGUCGGCUACCUAAGUCCUGUCUCCAUGUUGGCCAUUUGUAAUUGGGUUCUGCAGAGUUCUGUCUUUUCAUGCUGGUUAGCAUCUACUUGAAGCUGCUGGAGGCUAUUGGCUGAAUUCUGCUGUCAACAGUAUGCUGAUGACAAGAAGUUGUACCUCUCCUUUCCAUCUUAAGACAGGGAAGCAAUCUUAUCUAUUCACUUAAGAUAUUUCUUAACCACCCUUCAUCAGAAGUUUCCAGGGUGGUGUAUAACAAACCAGGGAAACAAUUUGCACAAUAUAUAUAUAGUCUCUCUCUCUCUCUCUCUCUCUCUCUCUCUCUCUCUCUCUCUCUCUCUGUGUGCAUGUGUAUGUGUGUGCGUCCCUAAAGGAGUCACAAAUUAAAAGGAAGUCUAAAACACAAGGGAAAUGAAGAAUCAAUUCUGACUAAAAUUCCAUCUAAAAGGAUUUAAUCUGGCACUGGAGAGACUGGAUAAUUGGCAGAAUAUAUACAGUGGUACCUCAGGUUACAGACGCUUCAGGUUACAGACUCCGCUAACCCAGAAAUAGUACCUCGGGUUAAGAACUUUGCUUCAGGAUGAGAACAGAAAUUGCGCAAUGGCGGCGCAGCGGUAGCGGGAGGCCCCAUUAGCUAAAGUGGUGAUUCAGGUUAAGAACAGUUUCAGGUUAAGAACAGACCUCUAGAACAAAUUAAGUACGUAACCAGAGGUACCACUGUACAGUGGUACCUCGGGUUAAGAAUUAAGUACGUAACCAGAGGUACCACUGUACAGUGGUACCUUGGGUUAAGAACUUAAUUCGUUCCGGAGGUCUGUUCUUAACCUGAAACUGUUCUUAACCUGAGGUACCACUUGGGAAUUAUGGGAUCAGAACUACCUAAACAGUAUAGAAAUUUAUUUAUGUAUGCGACCACAGCUGCAAGAAUGUUAUUUGCCCAAAAUGAAAGGUAGAGGACGAGAGAAGAAUGGUUACAGAAACUAAUAGAGUAUACAGAAAUGGCAAAACUUACCAGAAGAAUAAGAAAUCAAGAUAACAAACUUUUUAGAAAGGAAUGGAAAUAGUCUAUUGAGUAUUUACAAACAAACUGUAAACAGAUCAAGAUAUUGGCAGGAUUAUUGUAAAAACCUGCAGUUUCAAAAAUAUAUAUGAGAAUAGAUAAAUAAAGGAAUAAGUUAAGAUAAUUUGGAGUAUGCAGGAAAGGUCGAAAAUAAAUGUAAAGAAUUGCAGAAAGGGGGAAGGGAGUCGAAGUCAGAAAUGUUAAAAUUAUGGUUGAAUCAUUAUUGUAAUGUAUAUAAAUGAAAACUAUAAAUAGAAUUAUAUGUAAAAAAGGAGAAACUUUAAUCCAGAGAACGCAGAAAAUGCUCUGGUCAGUGGAAGUGCAGGCCUAGUGAUAGGGAUAGUUUGUUUUGGGUUAGGUAGCACUCUACAUUUAAAAAAUCAGGUUUGUAGAUUGGGGGGUCUGAUGUUGCUUAUAUAAUGUCAGGCUGGGUAUACACCAGACGUUUAAAGGACAUGAAUUCCCCCAGAGAAUUCUGGGAGCUGUAGUUUGUUAAGGGUGCUGGAAACUGUAGUGCUCUGAGGGGUGAGCUACAGUUCCUAGGAUUCUUUGUGCAAAGCCAUGUGCUUUAAAUCUAUGGUAUAGAUUUGCUUUCAGAUGGUAGUGGUGACCAGAAGUAUCUUAAACUAGUGUGCCAACUAGUGUCUGUUCCUAGUCAUGGUUGCACGUGGCUUCAGAAACUGGAUUACUGUGAAGCACUCUGAGGGGGGCUGCCUUCGAAGAGUAUUUGGACAUCUGGUUCAAACUGCAGCUAUCAGAAUUGUAACGAGCUUUCCAAUUCCUUUAUACCAACCUCACUGGCUGCUUGUUUCAUUUAUGGGCCUAAUUCAAGAGGCUGGUCAUCAUCUUUAAAGCAGUGGCGUAGCGUCAACUGCCGGCGCUUGGGGUGGGCAGACAUGCCCCGGGCGGGGGACCGCCAGCCCAGCCCUUGCCACCGACACUGCCAGAGCAAUCCCACCCCCACCGCAGCAAAGCAGGGCUGUGCUGAGUCACCUGCUUUAAAGCAUAUAUAAAGGUAAAGGGAUCCCUGACCAUUAGGUCCAGUCGUGGCCGACUCUGGGGUUGUGCACUCAUCUCACUCUAUAGGCCGAGGAAGUUGGCGUUUGUCCGCAGACAACUUCUGGGUCAUGUGGCCAGCAGGACUAAGCCGCUUCUGGCGAACCAGAGCAGCGCACAGAAACGCCGUUUACCUUCCUGCCAGAGCGGUACCUAUUUAUCUACUUGCACUUUGACGUGCUUUCGAACUGCUAGGUUGGCAGGAGCAGGGACUGAGCAACGGGAGCUCACUCCGUCAUGGGGAUUCGAACCGCCGACCUUCUGAUCGGCAAGUCCUAGGCUCUGUGGUUUAACCCACAGCGCCACCCACGUCCCUUACUUAAAGCAUAUAUACAUAUAUACAUAUUAAUGCACACACACAUACACGUACAUACACAAACAUAUACUGUAUAUAUAAACACAUAUACAUAUAUAUAGAUAUAUAUUGUGCUGGGGUUGCAGCUGGGGUUUUGUGAUUAGCUGGUGCAUCUGUUAAUAGCUUGUAUUUGCUUGUUUUAAUCGGCUUCGUUAUAUGGAAGUUUCAGUAUGAGGCAACCAACAAAUAUGAGGAUUAUCUCCCACCACGUAUUCUGCUCCAUCCACUGUGAUCAGCAGGAGUAUCUUCUGUAUAUAUCCUCCCACCAUCUGGGCACAGUUGGUAGAAAAAAGGAACAAGGUCUUCUCUCUUGUUGCUCGUAAGCUGUAGAUUUCCAUGCCGUGCAGUUUUUAUCUCCCGCCCCCGGCCUAUUUGAAGAAUUUUGUUUGUCCUUAGGCAAGCCUCUGCUUGAUUCCCUGCCUUCACCUUUCUCUUGCAUUUUAGUCUCAUUCGGGUUCAUGAUAUUUUUUCUGUGUGUUUUCUUCUGUAUGCUGCAAAUCUCUUGGGUGCUCCACUGGAGUAGAAAAAUAUAAAGCUUUAAAGUUAAUUGGUCUGUUUAUAAAAUGUUUACAGUCCUAGUGUCACAUAUGCUAUAAUUUAUUGGAGCAUAAAAUGAACGUAGUUGGUUCAAGGACAGCCCCGCAUAGACCCUGUUGCAGUAAUCAAGCCUGAAGGUCAUGAGAGUAUGGAUUACUAUUGCAAGGUUUCUCUGUUCCAAAGACGAGACACAGUGUUCAGAGCAGACAUAGCAUUCAGAUGUUUAGUAAUUUAGAAGUAUAGAGAGUCUGUGAUGUUGAAGUUGCGUGUCGAGGUCCCCAGGGCCACCCCAAUAACUCACACAUCACACAGAUUUUUUGUUUAAGAUUUUUGGCAUAAUUUUGGCCACAACUUUAUUAAAAUACAAAUUUGUGAGUGGUUGCUUAGGCAUUGGUUGCGACUAUCUGCCCCCGCCAUGGGGGACAGACUGACAUUCCGCACAAUGCAAAAGUCAGAAUAGGGGAAUAUCCUUGGGGGUAGCGUCGGAGCAGGGAACCUGCCCUCAGCCCUCCCCAAAUGCAACCAGGAGCUCAUUGCUAUGGCCCGAGCCCCCUUGACAGAGUGGACAAGCAAUAGUUAGCCCCCGAUUCCUUUAACGGAAUCCCUUGCAGCAGCAGCAUUAGAGGGGCAGGCACAGCCAAUCCAUGCCCCUCAACCAACCAAACCAUAAACCAAUGCCUAACCGCAACCUUACAAGUUGUGACAAUUUGCUACGUAGUAGGCAAAAACCAAAUGGCCCCAGCCAAUCAGCCAGAUGGACAAAAUUCCUACCGGGCCCCUGCCCCAAGAGCAGACGACCCCAUGACAGGCAUAGCAAGGUCAAAGCGAACAACCCUAAUUCUAGGAAGGGGAGGACGGGCAAUCCGAUGCACGGGCGAAAAGAGGAAGCCCUAGCCUCGUGCAAGGAGUUUUAGCAUUUCUGGCUGUCAGUCAACAAAUGGCAACAUUAACUUCUUCCUAACAACAAGGGAAGCCCCAAUCGCAUCAGUGGCCAACGGUCAAUUAGCCCGCCCCCAACUUUGGAGUGUCCUGGCGGCCCCCACCGCAACACGUGCUCUCCAUGAAGGAGAACAUGCUUUAGCAGUGGAAACUACGUCUCAUUUGGAAUCAGAGGGUUGCUUUGAACACCAGCACCCCAAAGCCCUCUUUUGUGCAUUCACAAAAGGACUCUGUCCCACUGGUCCUGUCCCACCGGUAUAUGUGUGCAAUAUGCAGGGAUAUAUGCAAGAAGGAAACCUAAGUGUGAGCUUCCACGUGAUGGGAAACCCCUGCAAUCAGGAAUGCCUCCCCAUUUACUGAAAGCAUUUGAUCCGUAUUUAGAAGCUCAAUUUGGAAUUUAUGGGUCUUCUAGGUUUGUCUUUGUUUGUAAUGCUGGAUCUCUUGGAUGUGGCUUCCUGUCUGUGGGAGAUACUAGUGCCAGCUUCUGCUGCUAGGAGAAAGAUUAAAAAUAAUAUAUGUAUAAGACCCAGCAUAGGGUUCUUUUCUAUUUACUCAUCCCCCAGCUAACUCAUUAGCAGUGGAGGCCGUGAAGGGCAUAUAAUUUACUUGGCUCGCAUAGAUAAGGAGGGCAGAGAACUGGACAUGAUUAGGAGGAAAGUUUAUUCUCCAUCAGCUUUGGCUUUCCAAAUUGCCAAUUAUCAAGCCAUUAUGGGAAGAUACCAGUUGUUUUUAUGGAAGCAUAUCUCAUCUUUUUUCAUGGAAGCGUAUGUCACUCCCAGAUGAGAAGCAGUUGGAUAAGGUUCCGCAGACGGAAGCAUUUAGACUGACCAAGCAGCAAAUGAAUACUGCUUGCCAUCCAGCAGAUUGCACGGGGAGGGAAUAUUGCUUCGUUUGCCUUUCUGAGAAAGCAUGCAUGACUUCUACCAAACGAGACAGAGAAGGCAUGGGUGGAAGGUCAUUCUCUCUCUUUUUCUUCCCCCUCACGCCCCCCAUUUUGAGGGUUGCAAGUUGUUUAGUACUCCAAAUGUCAGCCCUUUGGAGAAAGUCUUGAAGGAAACUUUCAGCACUGGAUUUCUAGGAACGCUUGCAUCUCUCGUUCUUUGAGAGGCAGUGUCAAGCAGGUUUUAGGUCAAGUAGAUUGUUUAAGUCACCAAAGGGGAACCAGCAGCAUUUGUUCCCAGUUCCAGAAGUUGAAGGCAAGUUUCAUGAACAGAUCAGUACAGACAGUGGACUCAAGAAGUGAUUCUCAAUAUUGAUUAAAAAGCGGGAGGGAGUCGUUGCCCCCACCCCGUGAAUUCUAAUGUGUGCUAAAGGCUGGUAAAGGUAAAGAGACCCCUGACCGUUCAGUCCAGUCGCGAACGACUCUGUGGUUGCGCGCUCAUCUCGCUCUAUAGGCCGAGGGAGCCGGUGUUUGUCCGCAGACAGCUUCCGGGUCAUGUGGCCAGCAUGACUAAGCCACUUCUGGCAAACCAGAGCAGCGCACAGAAAUGCCUUCCCGCUGGAGCGGUACCUAUUUAUCUACUUGCACUUUGACGUGCUUUUGAACUGCUAGGUUGGCAGGAGCAGGGACCGAGCAACGGGAGCUCACCCCAUUGCGGGGAUUCGAACCGCCGACCUUCUGAUCGGCAAGGCUCAGUGGUUUAGACCACAGCACUACCUGCGUCCCAUGCAAAAGACUGGUAGCUGCAUCAAAUGGUAAGGCAUCCUACAUUAACCAGUUGAUGAGCUGUCCAGCUGCAUUAGCAAGGUGUGCUCUUGCAUUUUAGAACUUCAUGGCUGGAGUUGUCUUUUAAGGAACAGCUAGCUUGUAUUUCCCAGUUUUCAGAUUUUUUUCCAAAAUUCUAACGUAAGUGUCUAUAUUUUGAAAGAAAGAAAAUUGCUGUUUGCUGAUAGCUUCUUCUCAGUGUAUUCUAUCAGAAAAAAAUAAAUAAAUCCAAGGGUGUAUUCUUGCUUCCAAGCCAUAAUAAUAGGAUGCUAUAAAUUCAAACCCAGAAUGGUCAGAUUACUACAUUUUGUUUGUGGAUUCAUUGUUGUUGCAGUUAUUGAGAACUAUAGCCAUAUUUCUAAAGUGUGUGUUGAGGGAGCUGAGUGAGUUUCACACAUAAAUGCCAAUGAUAUGAGACAUCAGAAGAUCAGCAGUUUAAUAUCUGUGUUAUUUAAAACUCUCAGGUAGAUGCCGCCUGGACAUGGUAAUUUGUUACUACAGUGGCACCUCAGGUUACAUACGCUUCAAGUUACAGACUCCGCUAACCCAGAAAUAGUGCUUCAGGUUAAGAACUUUGCUUCAGGAUGAGAACAGAAAUUGUGCUCCAGUGGCACGGCAGCAGCAGGAGGCCCCAUUAGCUAAAGUGGUGCUUCAGGUUAAGAACAACUUCAGGUUAAGUACGGACCUCCGGAACAAAUUAAGUACUUAACCCGAGGUACCACUGUAUUUGACUGUCAGUAAGGCCACCCGUACUGACAUCCCCGCGACGAAUCCCCGCGACGACAUCCACCCUUUCGAAUCCCUGCAACGGGGUGAGCUCCCGUUGCUCGGUCCCUGCUCCUGCCAACCUAGCAGUUUGAAAGCACGUCAAAGUGCAAGUAGAUAAAUAGGUACCACUCCGGCGGGAAGGUAAACGACAUUUCCGUAUGCUGCUCUGGUUCGCCAGAAGUGGCUUAGUCAUGCUGGCCACAUGACCUGGAAGCUGUACGCCGGCUCCCUCGGCCAAUAAAGCGAGAUGAGCGCCGCAACCCCAGAGUCGGUCAUGACUGGACCUAAUGGUCAGGGGUGCCUUUACCUUUACUUUUAAGGCCACCCUAGAAUGUUGUUUCCUGUCAUUACUAUUUGUCUUUGGACUCCAUGCAAAAAGUCAAUUCAGGCAUGGUGUGCUUUGCAUUUUCACAGUGAAGACACGCACAAAUAAUUUCUUCAGGGUUUUUUCCCCCUUUUCCUUUUGUUGUCCUGCUUUUGUGCACCUUUAAUUCCCUUUAUAGUCCUGGGUGUAAUUAUGUAGGACAACUUUCACACAAUUAACAUAUGAACGGGGUUAAUGAGGGGAGGGGAGCCAGACUGAGUGAGGGAAGAGGGGUUAAUCAGAGUAGGAUGAGAUAGAGUAUAGAACUAGGCCCCAUCUGCACCAUUCAUUUAAAGCAGUAUCAUACCACUUUAAAUAGUCAUGGCUUACCUCAAAGAAUUCUGGGAAAUGCAGUUUAUUAAGGGUGCUGAGAGUUGCUAGGAGACUCCUAUUCCCCUCACAGAGCUGCAAUUCCUGGAGUUCUCUGAGAACAGGAAUUAAGAAUUAAACUACACUCAGAACUGACCCAUUUGUGGUCCCUGUGUGCUACACAGUCUUGUUUAGCACCCUAAUUAAAACCUGCCCCUGUCAACUUCACAUCUGCUGGUUGUAUGUGUUCCACUUCAAAGUCAUUGCGCACCCCAAUUUUUAUGCUCUCUUCCACCUAUAACCAGUGACCACAUUCAUUUCUGUCCAUUGCAGCACCUCUGCAUGUGCAACUACAUUGAUAAUACAUUUAGAGCCUAUGCAAUGCACAAUUUACAGCACAUGACUUUCCCCAAGAGAAUCCUGGGAACUGUAGUUUGUUGAGGGUAUUGGGGGUUGUGAGUCUGGGGGAAAACUACAGGUCCCAUGAUUAUCUGGGGGAAAGCAUGAGCUUUAAAUUUCUGUUGGAUGCACUUCAAACAUAUGGUGAGGACCUGCCUAGUAGCCUAGAUUAUUUUAUUUUAUUUAUUUAAUGAAUUUAUAGACCACCCUAAAACUGGAGAUCUCAGGGUGGUAUCCUGAUCAGUCCUUGGUUUCCUCCCUUUCGUUUCUGUCAAGAGUAAAGGAGGAGAGGAGGCAAAGUGUAACUUUUUCCCCCAUGAGGAAAGGAGAAGGAUUCUAUGUGAUUCAUUUCUGUCCAUUUUUCCAUCUUAUUGUCAGACUUCUUAAUUAUACAGUCUCAGCUGCCUAUAAACUCUAAUUCCAGCUUCCCACUGAGAAUUCAAUUUCAAGCAUACGUUGGGGGGAAUAAAUAGUUACGCCCAACCUUUUUGUCUAUGUAAUUCUGGGUAUUUUGCACCUUAGUAGAUGGAGCAUGAGACAAAGUUUGAGGUAACCAGGUGGAAAGACAGGCUAUAACACCUUCAGAACGUUUUAAAUGUUUGUGUUUGGGACAUCGCUUUCCUCAUACACCAUAAGAAUUCCAAGAUGACAAGAGCAAAGGGAACCUUUGCUGACUUGCUGCUUUUACUCGGCUUGCUUAACUGCUUUUUCGCUGUCCCCUCUCGCAGGUUAGCUAUGCUUCAUCCAGCCGUCUGCUGAGCAACAGGAAUGAGUACAAAUCUUUCCUGCGUACCAUACCCAACGACGAACACCAGGCCACCGCCAUGGCAGACAUUGUCGAAUACUUCCGCUGGAACUGGGUGGGCACCAUUGCGGCAGAUGACAAUUACGGACGGCCAGGAAUUGAAAAGUUCAGGGAAGAGACCGAGGAGAGAAACAUCUGCAUUGACUUCAGUGAGCUCAUCGCACAGUACUUGCCUGAGGACCAGAUCCAGCAGGUGGUGAAAGUCAUUGAGAAUUCCACAGCGAAGGUGAUAGUCGUUUUCUCAAGUGGGCCAGAUCUGGAACCGCUGAUCAAAGAGAUUGUCACGCGUAACAUCACUGGCAGGAUUUGGCUGGCCAGUGAAGCCUGGGCCAGCAGUUCGCUGAUAGCUAUGCCAGAGUUCUUCCAUGUCAUGGGUGGCACCAUCGGAUUUGCUCUGAAGGCAGGGCAGAUCCCCGGCUUCCGCAACUUUCUGCGGAAGGUGAAUCCGAGGAAAUCUGUGAACAAUGGAUUUAUCAAAGAGUUUUGGGAGGAGACUUUUAACUGCUACCUGGCAGAUGGCAACAAAAAUUAUCCAGGUUCUGCUUCUUUCCAGAAGAGCCGUGAAGAAGGCACUGGAGUUGGGAAUGGCACAAGUGCCUUCCGCGCCCCCUGUACUGGGCACGAAAAUAUCACCAGUGUGGAGACUCCCUACAUGGAUUAUACUCACCUGCGGAUAUCUUACAAUGUAUACUUGGCCGUAUACUCCAUUGCCCAUGCUUUGCAGGAUAUAUACACUUGCACCCCUGGGAAAGGACUGUUCACCAAUGGGUCAUGUGCUGACAUCAAGAAAGUGGAAGCAUGGCAGGUAAAUUUUUCCGCCGCAGUUACAGAAUUGCUGUACGCUGGGUUUACAAGACACAAAAUUGAACACCAUAUAUGCAUUGUUAGAGGUAUUCUUCAGUGCUUUUAGCAAGAGCCUAACCAUGGGAGGUGUGGCGUGUUGGGUGAUACAUUCCCCUCUGGUUUCACAGACCCUACCAAUAAGCCAGUGUAUCUCAAACCUGGGUCUCCAGGUUGUUGGGCUACAACCCCCAUCAUCCGUGACACUGGUUCUGCUAGCUAGGGAUGAUUGGAGUUGUAGUCAAAUAACAGCUGGACACCCAAGUUUGAGAAACACUAAUAGGCUAUGCUUGGCAAUACCCUCCCCUGUUUUUGUUGUCGGAGGACACAUAGGAGCCAUCAUGGAAUAUAUCGGCAUGCAGGAAGAGGAGACUCUCUUCAGGGGUUAGGGCAGAGGAGGACAUGGCAGGGAGCCAAAUCGUUUAGCUCACUGGUCUUCAGCUGUUGAGUCACAGCUUGAACCAAGGUAGGUUGCAACAGGAGCACCACCACCAUGCAAAUAUUUGGUAAAAGAUAAAGAAAUGGGUCCCAAAAUGCAUGUUUGGGUUAAAAGUGGGUCCUGGGUCUGGAAAGGCUGAAGAUGCUUGCUCUAGCUCACAUUUUGAGUCAUUUCUACUAUCUUUCUCCCUCUCUGCUACAUUGGUUUGUUUAGUGAUCCAUCCAUCCAUCCACUUUCACCCACCCAACUUCUUCAUUCUGUUAUUCUUCUCCACUUACUCUUUCAGGUUUCAUGCACUGCUCCUUUUUAUGUCCUUCAAAAAGCUUUCCUAUUCCUUCUCUUCUCUUCUCUCUGUUUCUUCAGCGUCUCAGAAGCUCCCUAAAUCUCUGGUUCAGCACGUUAGGGCUAAACCUUCGCAGGAAGGAUUCACCCAAGAAGAAGAUCUGGUAUAGUGUGGCAGAUGAGCGCUGCCUCUCCAGCGUUGCCAUGUGGAUUAUUCAUUCUGCCAUGCCUCCAUCUCUUCUGCUCUCUCCCACCCACUGAUAAAGGAGGUGGGGUGGUAGCUCAGCAAUUUGAAUGUGGGGGUGCUCUAGGGCUUGUAGAUAUCAGAUGAGCUCAAGAAUCAUAUACAGUGGUACCUUGGUUUGCAUACGUCUUGGUUUGCAUACGUUUUGAAUUACAAACACGUCAAACCCGGAAGUGCAUGUCCCUGUUUGCAACCUUUUUUUGGAUUACGAACAAAUUUUUUGGGGAGGCCCCAUUGGCGAAAGCACGCCUUGGGUUACAAUUUGUUUUGGUUUACAAACGGACCUCCAGAACAGAUUAUGGUUGUAAACCAAGGUACCACUGUAUAUUUCUUUUAAAAUUCCCCAUGUGUGUUGGGCACAUACACUUUCAUUCAAUAAUAUGCCUCUUUCAUUUUUGUUCUUCCUCUCUGCUGUCUCUAAGGGAAGGUUUUCAUGUCUGUGCAUCAUAAUGAGUACUGCAUCCCACCCCCUUGAUAGGGUGAGCUGCACCUGAAUUUUAGAGGCAUUGUGUUAUUAUGGGAUUGAGGGGGUUGGUUUGGAUGCCGGUUUGGUCUCCUCCAGGCCUGUGGUAUUGUAUCUGUAGGGUGGGAUUCUGUAGUAGAAGGAACUGCUGAAGUGGUCAAACCAGUCUCUUAGUUACCAUAUUUUUCGCUCUAUAAGACGCACCAGACCAUAAGACGCACCUCGUUUUUGGAGGAGGAAAAGAAGAAAAAAUAUAUUCUGAAUCUUAGAAGCCAGAACAGCAAGAGCGAUCGCUGCGCAGCGAAAGCAGCAAUCCCUCUUGCUGUUCUGGCUUCUGGGAUAGCUGCGCAGCCUGCAUUCGCUCCAUAAGACGCACACACAUUUCCCCUUACUUUUUAGGAGGGAAAAAGUGAGUCUUAUAGAGCAAAAAAUACGGUAAGUUAAUGGCUGUUUUCAAGGCUGUUAAGCAUCUUAUUUACAUGACUAAAGAGUUGGCCUGUUGGCUAUUAAGCAGCUUGUGAUUCCUUUCUUACUCAUAUUCAAAUUUUAUACCGCCUUUUAUCUGAAGAUUCCAGGGCACAGUACAACAUUAAAAGCAUCAUUUACAUAGCACAAUAAUAAUAAUUAAUAAAUAAAACAACCACAGAAAAAGAAAUAAUAAUAACAGUCCCCCGCCCCGCUUUUAAAAAGCCAUACAUUGCUUAAUGGCCAAAGGUCUGGAUAAAGAGGAGUGUUUUCACCUGGCACCUAAAGAUGGCACCAGGCAAGCCUCUCUGGGGAGAGCAUUCUACAACCAGGGAGCCACCACCUAAGGGCCCCGUUUUCAUGUUGUCAACCUCUAAACCUCUCAGGGACCAGGGACACAGAGAAAGGCCUCAGAUGACAAGCCCUGGGUUCGGGUCGGUUCAUAUGGGGAGAGGGGGUCCUUAAUAUAUUGAGGUCGUGAGCAGUGACUGCUUUCAGAAGUAGAGUGCAGGCGUCCCCCCCACCUCUCCUGGCUUAAGGUCAUGUCAUACAAGGUGCUGGAUAAUAACAGACCAGAGCCCAGUUUUUGACUAGUCUUAUCUAAAGCUGGGAAGACACAGAGGCUUGACUUGCUCCCUGUUCUGAAACUCACUGGUGGAACAAGAUCUGUUGGAGGGGCCGACAGCAUUAACACCCCAUCUUAUGUUCAGCUUGUAUAGAUGUGUCAAUAAAACCAUAUGUCACAAGACACCACAGUCUCCAGAGACUUUCAUUCAAAGGAAACGGAAUCCCUGAAGUCUCUCACUGCUGUGGGAUUAGUGAUGAAUGCGUAGGGUCUGGGUCUCUCCUUCCUGGGGUUGCUAAUGAGGGUAUUCAUGAGCACUGGGUUGGUAACCCCCAGAGUACAUUGUACUAUAAAGGAGAGGAUUUUUUUCACAUGGGAUGCAGGUGGCGCUGUGGGUUAAAGCACAGAGCCUAGGACUUGCCAAUCAGAAGGUUGGCAGUUUGAAUCCCCGUGACUGGGUGAGCUCCCGUUGCUCGGUCCCUGCUUCUGCCAACCUAGCAGUUCGAAAGCACGUCAAAGUGCAAGUAGAUAAAUAGGUACCGCUCCGGCGGGAAGGUGAACGGCGUUUCCGUGCGCUGCUCUGGUUUGCCAGAAGCGGCUUAGUCACGCUGGCCACAUGACCCGGAAGCUGUAUGCCGGCUCCCUCGGCCAGUAAAGCGAGGUGAGCACUGCAACCCCAGAGUCGGUCAUGACUGGACCUAAUGGUCAGGGGCCCCUUUACCUAGCAAGAUGUGUGCAGCAAAUCCAGUGUUUGUAGCUAUCCCCAUAUAAAGUUCACCCUGAAGUUCUCCCUCUGCGCUUGUACCAGAGUAGAUGACCGUGUUCAGAAAGCAAGUGGCACUCUUGUUGGUGGGAACUGGCUGUUUUGUCCUGGUGUUGUUUAAAUUGUGAGGAGUUGUAGCAGAUGACUUAGCAAGUCAUCCAUAAAAUAUUCGCAGAGGGAGGCUGGUAGUUUGACUCUGUGUCAUCGGGUUCAUCUAAUGGGAAACUCCUGAGCGUCAACGAAACACUUAUUUCAGCAGAUUAAUCUCUGUAAAACACUGGUGCGCUUCAUGUAGUGACAUUUGCCUUUCCAUUAAUCAAUAGAUGGACUUUACCAGGGAUUUUUUUAUAUAGAUACAGUGGUGCCUCGCAAGACGAAAUUAAUCCGUUCCGCAAGAGUCUUCGUCUAGCGGUUUUUUCGUCUUGCGAAGCAAGCCCAUUGACGGAUUAGCGCUAUUAGCGCUAUCAGCUGUUUAGCGGCUAUUAAAGGCUUAAAGGCUUAGGGGAUUAGCUGCUAAAAGGCUAUUAAAGGCUAUUAAAGGCUUAGCAGAUUAGAUAAAGGGGGAAAAGCGAAAAAAAUCUCUAGACUCGCAAGGUAUUUUCGUCUUGCGAAGCAAGCCCAUAGGGGAAUUCGUCCUGCGAAGCAACUUCAAAACGGAAAACCCUUUCGUCUAGCGGUUUUUCCGUCUUGCGAGGCAUUCGUCUUGCGGGGCACCACUGUAUAAAAUAAUUCAAAGUCCAUAUUCUUUUCAGUCUUAGGAAAACAGUAGGUGGAUCUGAUAGAUUAGUUGUAGAGCGCGUGGUUUGCAUAUGUGAUCAGUAUUAUUAUUAUUAUUAUUAUUAUUAUUUAUCAGUUGCUUUCCUCAAAAAAGCAUCUCAAAGCGACUUUACAAACAGUAAAACAAAAUUACAAAAAACGCAACUAAUUAAAAACCUAAAACACAUCCACACACCCCUGUACAAUUAAAAGGUAGGUCUUACAGUUGCUGCCUCACUUCAAAUUAAGAGCUGAAAGCUGAAGAAAAGGGAAAGCUUUUGCCUGGUGCUUAAAAUUGGAUAAAGAUGGCACCACUGAACAUCAUGAUGUGUCAUGGUUUUAUUGUCACUAGCACAAUAUAUACUAUUUUGUACUUGAAGGAGGGAAGUAGGAGUGUAUGGUUGAAAUUAUGGUUGACAGCAAGAUAGGAAAUACUGUUAAUAUAGGAGAUGAUUUGGGAAAAAGCACACCGUGAAUGCCGUGACAGGAACUGCCAUAACAGAAAUGGAAAGGGAGUUAGGAGUUCACAAUUUAAGGUGAUGUAUUGACUGGAAAUAGGGAUGCGGGUGGCGCUGUGGGUUAAACCACAGAGCCUAGGACUUGCCGAUCAGAAGGUCGGCGGUUCGAAUCCCCGCGACGGGGUGAGCUCCCGUUGCUCGGUCCCUGCUCCUGCCAACCCAGCAGUUCGAAAGCACAUCAAAGUGCAAGUAGAUAAAUAGGUACCGCUUCAGUGGGAAGGUAAACGGCGUUUCCGUGCGCUGCUCUGGUUCGCCAGAAGCGGCUUAGUCAUGCUGGCCACAUGACCCGGAAGCUGGACGCCGGCUCCCUCGGCCAAUAAAGCGAGAUGAGCGCCACAACCCCAGAGUCGGGCACGACUGGACCUAAUGGUCAGGGGUCCCUUUACCUUUUUAUUGACUGGAAAUAACAGAACAGGAUAUGGAUCUUAAGAUAUGGGUUAAUUCAUAAAUGACUAUAGUUUCAGAGAGUAGCAUCAGCCCCGUGACAUUUUUGCUGUGAGGUCCCAAAGGGUAUUAUUUGUUCCCCAAUUUUAACAUCUACAUGAAGUCGUGGGGAAUGGUCACUGGAAAAUUUGGAGAGAGGCUUCACUGGCGUGUUGAUGAAACACAGCUCUGUUUCUCUGUUGUGUCUGAGUCAGGACAGGACCCAGACUAUGACAAUGCCACAGAUGGGAGACUUAGGUUGAGAGAAUAGCAGCUUGCCUAUAGCCACUGUGAGCAUUCAUUCACAAAAGAAGCUGCCAUUCAUCAUUCAGUCAAGUCGCCUAUUUGAUGGUUGUUUUUUGGUGGCAUGCUGGACUGCAGUUUGUCCAUUAUCAUGACUGAUAGCUUAGUAAUGUCCUUCACACAUGUUUGCCCAGCAGUAAGUCUCACUGAGCUAAAUGGAGUGUACUCCCAAAUAAAUGUGCAUAGACUUGCCUUCUUAGCACCUUAUGAACUACAGUACAUUAAAAAAAUAAAAUAAAGCUUACUAGAACGUCUUCUAAUGCUGUAAACCAUCUUGAGAUUAGUGUGGAAGAUUAUAUAUAAAUGUGUUUUUUAAAAAUGCUAUGGGUUGUAUCCAACAAUAAGUCUUCCCCACAGUAGACCCAGUACAGUUUAUGUACCCAAGUUAGUCAUGUCUACUAAUUUUAACAGAGCAGGUCUACUCUGAAUAGGAUUAAUAUUGCAUAUAUUGUCGUAGAAUUGUAUCCAAGUGGGACCCUGCAUCAGUGUGCUUUAAUGGUACAGUGGUACCUUGGGUUACAUACGCUUCAGGUUACAUACGCUUCAGGUUACAGACUCCGCUAGCCCAGAAAUAGUACCUCGGGUUAAGAACUUUGCUUCAGGAUGAGAACAGAAAUCGUGCGGCGGCGGUGGCAGCAGCAGCAGGAGGCUCCAUUAGCUAAAGUGGUGCUUCAGGUUUCAGGUUAAGAAUGGACCUCCCGAACGAAUUAAGCACUUAACCCGAGGUACCACUGUAUAGCAUGUAUAUAUGCAACCUACAGAAUGUUUGAAGAUGGUUUUUCAGUGGGAAAUGACAACUGUGUGGUAUGGAUGGCUGGAACAGAAGGACUGAGAUGAUGCUCUCCAGGAAACCCACACAUACCCAGACGUAUUGGUGCUUCCACAUAGCAGUUUAUUAUGGACUUGUGCUGCUCGUUCAUGCUAGUUUUGUGUAGCAUCUACAUGAUGCCAUCCUCAGAUUUUCCCAUUUAAUCCAGAUUUACUGUUUCUGUGGGGCCUUUUUAGUUGACAGAUUUUCUGCAGAAAUGGUAAAUCUGGAUUAAUGUGGGGCAGGGGAGAGAGAGAGAGAGUGAAAGGCAAUUUGAUUGGAGUUACGUUGCGUGGAUUCUGCAAAAAACCCCAAAAAGCGUGAAUGAGCAGCUUGUGAGUCCUCAAUGAACUGCCACGAAGAAGCACCCUUUGUUCCCCUGCCCUCCUGUUCCAACCACUGCCCUAGUCAUUGUCAUUGCUCCUGCAAAGUCAUCUUCAAACAUUCUGCAGGCUACAAAGGGCUGCCGUACGUCCAGAAAAUCCUGGACAUCGCUGGGAUUUUGAUUCUGAAAAUGGUGUCCGGGCGAACAUUUAAAUGUAUGGCAUCCCAUGUUGUAAGUGGGUUUUUUUUUUUUGCUGAUUUUAUUAAAACUAGCUGGAAAAAAAGCUCAACAACUUUGACACCCCCCCCAAAAAAAGGCAACAACGUUUUUGUCUGGAUUUACAUUUUCUGAAAUAUGGCAACCCUAGCAUACAUACAUGCCUCCUCCACAAGAGAGUCAGUGGUACCCCCACUCUAGUGGUACCCCAUUUACAUCUCUUUAUUCCCCUCUCCCCCCAUUAUUCAUUUUUAUGAGGAAAAAUAAAAUGCAAUGUUUGCACCAAGGUGUACUCUAGGUCUCAACCCGUGGAAUGUAUAGAUUCUCCUUCCUGCACGGUUUGCAUUUCCCAACGGAUGGGGCAUUUUUCAUAAUAAUAUAUCAUCAUUGCCUUCCUCUUGAAUGAAUGCUUUAUUUCCCCCCAAAGCAUUUUUGAAAAAUCCACAUCCUCUGCCCUCAUCACUGUGUGACUUUUGCAGCUUUUUAUAGGUUACAGACUGUCAAUGAUUAGCCAAAACAAUUCACUGUUAAGGACUUGUCAUGUAUGUUUUGUAACUAAAGAUAGAAACAUAAAUGCCAAAGAAUCAAUUCAGCGGCGUUUAAAAAGAAGCCCAGUUCAUUCAGGGCAACUCUGUGCAAGGGCUAAAGGGGUAAAAUUAGUAUAUUAGCCUAGUAAUAUGAAACAAAAGGUCUUGUUUUAAGAAGACCAUGGGGCAAAUGACUGGGGGCUGCUGGUUUGAAAUGAUGCUUGUGGAAAAGGACACCUAAUCUUUCAGCUCUCCUGUGGAUGCAUCUGCUUCCGACUGACAAGAACAGAAACUCUUCUUCGCCUCUCCUCUGUUUAGCACCUGCUCUUAAAACCAUGAUAGCGGGAAGGGUCAUUAUCAUUUAUCACACACAGAGGAAAGGAUUUAUGAGGGUGUUAAUGCGAAGGAAAGAGGGUGCUGUUUACUAUUACAUUAAAUAAUGAAGGACAUUCUAUUUCAUUGCUUUCCCCCCAUUGGUUUUCCUCUCUUCAAUGAAAAAGGAAGAGAGGGGAGGGGUUGAUAGCCCUCAAUGGGUGGGUUCAGCUAAGGACAGAGAUAGAGGUACAAUCCUAGCCCUCUUUCCUCAGAAAAAAGUCCCACCCAUUUCACUGGGAUUUAUUUUGAAAUAAGCACUCUUAACUUGGAAGUGAACAAGUGGCACUGUGGUUUAAACCACUGAGCCUCUUGGGCUUGCCGAUCAGAAGGUCAGCGGUUUGAAUCCCCGUGCCGGGGUGAGCUCUUGUUGCUCUGUCCCAGCUCCUGCCAACCUAGCAGUUCAAAACCAUGCCAAAAGUGCAAGUAGAUAAAUAGGUACCACUCCGGCGGGAAGGUAAACAGCGUUUCCGCGCACUGCUCUGGUUUCUCCAGAAGCAGCUUAGUCAUGCUGGCAACAUGACCCAGAAAAACUGUCUGCGGACAAACACCGGCUCCCUCGGCCAGUAAAGCGAGAUGAGCGCCGCAACCCCAGAGUCGUUUGCAACUGGACUUAACUGCCAGGGGUCCUUUACCUUUUUAAGUGAAAACAGUGGGACUUACAUCUGCAUAGACAUGCGUAGAAUUGUAAGUGAUUGCAGGCGUGGGCUUGGAUUAGAGGACUGUGAUUGGGUUCAUAAAGGACAGUAUUUUAAGAAGUAAAGAUGGAAAGUUAUUUUGCAAAGAAUAUAGCAGUGGCGGAUGCACUCAGUGCACAGCUAAGGUGCACUGUUCACGCUCUUUUUGCACAGCCAUGCCACACCCUCUGUACAAUGAGUCGAAGUCUGUAACUUCCCACGUGAGAGAUUUCUGUGCUGGUUUGCAGCAGUGGUGCUAUCAGUGCGCUCUCCCGCAGCACAUCAUUCCUGAGCUGCUUCCACAAUGGUCAUGUAUUAUGGAAUAGCCACACUUCAUUCACUCACUGUUUUUGAGGCAUCUGCAUGAUAUUGUGAGUAAAACGUCCUGCUCUUGAGCUUUCCCCCUCAAUCUUCUGACACAAAGCACAAAGGAACAAGUGCACAGCCUCCAUAGGUAAAGAUGGCCCAUUGUGCAGCUGUUCCAGUACUUUGCGGAGGGCAGGGAUGUUGCUGGUUAUGGUCUGUAUGGAUCCCUCUUACCAUUUUGUUCUCUGUGGUCUGUCUCUCCUCUCUUGGAGUCAACUCUGUCACUUUAACCUUUCCAGAUAGCAUUGUCUUUACAUCAGUGUCACCCCAGUUGCAGCCACAAGCUGAUCACAGUGAGGAUUGAAGCUGGUGUGUGUGUGCAUUUAACCCUUUCCCCCAUACCAUGCUUCAGAUGCAAAUCACCCUGCCCAAUAUUUGGGCUAGGGACUGCUUUCUUAGCUGCCGAAUAUCAUUUGAAUUCCAGUCAUCUGGAAGCAAUCCUCCUAUACCACUUCUUGUUUGAAGCAAAACAGCAAUGAAUAGGUGCACUAAGACCACCCAUGUCUAGAAGCAUCCCUGGUGUGUGGGAGCAAUUACUUACAUUUCCUUUUGCGUGUUCAGACCCAGAGACCUCCCCCCUAAAUAAAGACACAUUUGACUCAAAUUUUAGUUUUGUUUUUUGGCAGAAUUCAGGCCACAACUUUAUUGAUUACAGAAAAUGAGUGGUUGCAUAGGCUCUGGUUCGACUAGCUCCCUGCACCCUUGCAGGUAGCGCUGACCCAGAGCUCUAUCAUAGGUCAGCCAAGGGUGAACACCUGAGGUAGGUGGAAAGCCCAGGAAUGGACUAUGUCCACUCCCCAGAUGCUCCCCUGGACUCUGGCACAGGCACAACCCCCUCUCAGGGGUUGACCAAACCAAGUUGAGUCCCUGGAUUCCUUUAACGGAAUACCCUUCACAUAGGGAUGGCGAGACCGUUCUCCCAUCCCUAUCACCUGAACCAGUGCCUAUCCGCCUAUCUUACAAGUUGUGACGAUUUGCUAUGCGGCAGGCGAAACCCAAAUGGCACCAGCCAAUCAGUCAAGUGGGGAAAAUUCCUGCCGUGCCCCUGUCCCAACGACAGAUGACACACAACGGCUUAGCAAGGUCAGUUGCAAAAUACCCUACAUAUAGGGAGAGGUGGGUGGGUGUUCCGAUGCACGAGCCAAAAGAGGAAGCUCUGGGUCACGUGCAUAGGCAUAUAUAGGUCCCUCAAUCCAUCUAGACUGCACCCCAUUGGCCAAAUUAAACCCAGCAACGAGGGACCUACCAAUCGGGUGUUGUGGCUUGUCCAGUAUUCCCACCCACAACGCAGGAGGUCCGUCUCCAGGUUUCACCGCAACACAUGCCCUCUUUGAAGGAGGACACACUUUCCCUUUGAUAAAUUGGACUCUGAUCCAAAUAUUUCAUUGUGUUACACAGUUCCCACUCCGCGCCCCCCCCUCAGGGGUGAGAUGUAGCCAGGUAACACUUCGACAGGGCUUUUUUCCAGGUUGAACUCAGUUCCGGCACCUCUCAGGUGGGCACCAUUGCCAUUAUAAGAGAACAAGGGAGGUGUUCAUGGUGAGUUCUGGCACCUCUUUUUCUAGAAAAAUAGAAGUGCCCUUGGAGAUUCAUUUGGUUGGGAAAGCACAAGAGAAUUAUGUUGUCUUAGUAAUAGUUUGCUUACAGAUAUAUAAGCAGAGGAUAUAGGAAGCAAACCAUAACUCUUACUAGAGUUGGCAGUAGAUCACCUAACCCUGUAGCAAAUUUACAGAGAGAGACUUUAUGUCUCAAGGUGCAUCAUCCGUCAUCUCACAGCUACAAAUUUUCACCCUAAAUUCAAAAUGUCAGAUUUGGCUUCAGAUGGUUUCUCUAUCCCGUCCGGUCUAGUUAUGUGGGGUGUAAACUUCUCAAACUCUUGAUGAUUUUAGAUUCCAAAAGCAGAAGAGAGGGUGCCACCUUUCAGGAGAUCAACGACAUUAUUUUGGUAAUUUGCUGGCCUCUCACAGAGAUCAUUAAGGCAGACAAAUAUGCAGAAAUAGUAAACUGGAAAAUUAGUUUUGGCUUAUUGCCACUUCACAUUGAGGAAAAGUGUAAUGUUCAUUACAGAUGCUAUCUAAUGUCAGUUUCGUUAUUUGCAUUAGGUACACAUUUAUUCAGCUAAGCCCUACUCAGCGUAGACCCAUAGAAACUAAUGAACCUUAAUCACGUAUGUUUACCGGUACUUUAAUAGGUCUGCUCUAAGUAGGACUAGCGUUGAAUACCACCCUUUGAUACAUACAUAUGUAUAUGUUGCAUUUAUAUCAUACCUUUUUCUCUUAAGGAGCUCAAAGCAGUGCAUAUGGUCUCCUCUAAUCCUCACAGCAACCCUGUGAGGUAGGUUAGGCUGAGAGGCAGUUGAGUGGGGAUUUGAACCCUGGUCUCCCAGGCCUGACACUCUAACCACUAUGCCACACUGGUAUAGCAUUACUCAAAUUAUAAUACUUAAAUCACUCAAAUACAUAAACCAGUCUGACAGUUUUGCUCAUGGAAGAGAAAGCAGGGCUCUAUUCAGUGGGAGGCAAUGUACUUUUGCACAUGGAAUAUCCUGGUUCAGUCAUUGGCAUCCCUAGUUCAAAGGAUGCACAGAAGCCUUUCAGAGAAGAGGACAAGUCAAGCUGUCUCCAGCUACACUAAUGUGAGAAUAUUUGUUUGGAAACAAAUGCGUCAGGUGUGUUUCAGGUUGGUCAUUAGCUGAGCGUGAGCUGGUGGACUGAGCAGAUGGUCCAGGUUUUGCUGCUUCUCCUGAUUCUGAUAACAUUUGCCAUCUCCCCCUUCCCCAUCUUGCUCCUGCCGCACUUCCAUUUUCAUGACAUGUUAAUAUUAGACAAAUGCCAUUGCAGCACUAGCGAAACAAGAAUGAGGGUAAUAGAAUAAUAGAAACUAGUAUCUUUAAUAAGAGAAUCCUUUUUAAAAAAAGUCACAAGGUUUUCGGCUCUCACGCAGCUCUUCAUCAGGUUUUGGGGUUCAGAGCCAUAUCUCUGUUGCUUUUUCAGUUUAUUUGCUUUGUGUGCACUGGGUGCAAGUAGAAGUUGAAUUAGAACUGUAACAGCUGAUAAUAGUUAGGUUUGCUAUACCCAAAAGGCCGAGCAAAUGUCUUGUCAUCUUGUCCCAUCACAUUUGUUGGCACCUGUCUGCUUUGAGAGACAAAGUUGAGCACCUAUUAUUAAUUAUUAUAUUUAUAUUUAUAUUUAUAUUUAUAUUUAUAUUUAUAUUUAUAUUUAUAUUUAUUUAUACCCUGCCUUUUUCACUGACAAGGAUUCAAGGUGGCUUACAGAUAAAAAUUACCUGCGCUUACCUACAUGAACAUAUCCAAUAUACUGCAUAAGAGACCAGUUCCACAAAACACUUUUUAAAAACUUUCAUGGUAAUCUCAUCAGUAAACCACAGCAAUUUCUAGAACGCUCAUCAUGCUAGUUAUAGUUUCAGGCUGUGAACACAUUAGCCCUUACUCAGGUUCCAGUGCGUUCCCACCUUGCUAUUUGAAGCCAAGUGCACAUGAAGAAGAAAAAGAAGAAGAAUCUUUAUUUGCAUCAGCCACUAGCCAUAGCAAUAAAACAAAACACAAUGUACUGAAGAUAGAGGUAAAAACUGGAGGUUUACAUCAAUAAUCAAAGAAUAGAUCUUACUCUAAUUGCCCCUGCUAAUUUUUUUGCAGUUUUUGCUGUCACCUGGUUAUCUUGAUCUGCUAGAGUGAAGAGCGCAGUAGCAAUGGUUGAGCAACCAGGAAUGGACAAUAAUAGAGGGGUAAUCACCUCAAAUCUUUAUAAAGAGUGCAGGCCAGAAGCACAUUAGCUGUUGAUUCAAUACUGCCUUCUCCACGUGGACAUAAGCAGAAGUUUUUGAAAUUGACCCCCAAGUACAGCUGAAGGCAGUAUAUGUAAUCUUGCAUAAGUGAAAGUACAUCUGUGUACUGGAAUUGUUAAAUUUUGCAAAUAGGGUGCCGACGUAUCAAAAUGACUAGGUGGAAAAUAAUAAUACCAUGGACAAAAUUUCCUUAUUGUGGCCAAAUUAUUCUGACACUCAAUAUCAUAUAGGCUCUGUCUCAUUAAAUCAUUUGCUGAAGCCCAGCGUUAAUAACUGUUGUGGUGAUAAACCAGAAAAGUAAAGCUUUUGGAUGACCGUCUAAGAAGCAGGGCAAUUUAGAUCUCAAGUGCACAUGAACGUUAGCCACAAUCCAUCUACCGUAUUUUUUGCACCAUAACACUCACUUUUUUCCUCCUAGAAAGUAAGGAGAAAUGUCUGUGCGUGUUAUGGAGGGAAUGCCUACGGGUGGCAUGCCUACAGAUUUUCCUCCUCUAAAAACUACGUGCGUGUUAUGGUCGGGUGCGUGUUAUAGAGCGAAAAAUACGGUAUAUCCUAUAGUUUCUUGAGAAAUACUGCUGUUUGAUGCCUUUUCUCUCAAACCAGCUUCCAUCCAGUUUGAAAAAUGUAAGCCGCAAUUAAGCUGAGUGGGUGGACAUUUGAGGCAUCCCCUGCGCACGUGUGGAUGGCAGGAUCACUGAAUACGAUUUGGGGUGGAGGGUUGCAAGUGCAGAGAGGCAAGUCAGGUAAAGCACAUUGGGUGAAGACUUCCGUGUCCCCUCUGUGGCUUGGAGUACAUCAGGGAAAACCAGCACCGCUGUGUUUCAAGUCACUAUAGUAUGGUUAGUUUUUCACCUUUCUCUUUGAAAACUCUUCUCUGAAUAGCUACCAUGACGUUUAAGAAAACGGUAUUUUUGUUUGUUAAAUUCUUAACUUUUUUUGGACUAAGUUAUUACAGGCCUUGUAUCUAAUAUUACCCUGUUUCACAGAAAUUAAGCAACCGAUCUAAAGGACUGCCUUUUUGCACAAGUCUGUCUGGAUACAGUAAUCAUUAAGGUUAGAUGGGUCAGUCCUGAGGCAGACUGUGUCCCUUUUACAUGUGUUCAUAUGUCCUGUUCAAUUUCCAUGCAGAUUUACCCACACACAGACCCAAAACCUGCACACAUAUGGCGUGCUUAUUUUUAACUACUAAGAAUACAAGCUGGUCUGAGAUCUGAAACAAAACAAAAACCACAGGCACUAACUUUACCACAUGGAGCAGCUAAAAAGUGCAACUCCGGUCAUGUCACAUUUGUGUUGAAAAUGUGACUGGAGAAUAAUGGCACAUGAAGGUGUUCUGCCCCAACCAGGAACCUUGUACUGGAAAAAUCAUGGCUGCCCCCAUCCCACACCUGCCAUGUUUCUAGAAGGCUCUCAGGGACAUUGUUUGCAGGAACAGAUAGUCGUCCCUUUUUGCCCAUGUCAAUAGCCACUACAAUAUUUCUAGUUGGGACAGCGCAUCAACACAUCAUAUAACUCUUUUGCAACUGAAUUUUCAAUGUGAAUGAUAAGAGUAGCAUUUUAAGCCACUUUGAGCAGCUGGUACUUGUUUUUAUAAGUGUGUGUGUGUGAAGUCAGCCCUCAGACCACAUGAAACAAAUUUGUUGUGGUGCUUUUUCAAUUGUGGUACCCUGUGUGUACUAUUUUUCUUCUCAACAUUCUUUUAACACCAGACAAAGACUUUUUCAUUUAACCAGGCUCACCAAUUUGCCAUUUUAAGCUGGUUUUAAUCUACUAGUUUUUGACAAGUACUGUUGUUUUGUUUUGUUCUGCUCAGGUUUUACUGUUCUGCUACUGUUUUUAUCUUGAUACUGCAUUUUAAUGGUGUGAGAAAUCUUGGAAGUUCUUAAAACUGAAAGCUGGCAUAAGCACAUUUUGGGUUUUUUUAAUUAAAAAAAAAGCACACAACUUAGCUCACGUAAAAAAAAAGUAUGUGUUUGCGUUCAUUUUCAAGCAUUCCAUGGAAAUACUUGAAAAGACUUGAGAGGUGUUUUUUUUAAGGCAUUUGGAAUCAUAGAGUUGGAAGGGAACGGACUACAAGAGUCAUCUAGUCCAACCCUCUGCAACGCAGGAAUCUUUUGCCCAACCUGAGACUCAGACUCACAUCUCUGGGAUUAAGAGUCUCAUGUGCUACCAACUGAACUCUCUCAACCAAACACAUUCUUUUAUCUCACACCCUUCCACUACCAGCCCUUUCCCCACCCCAAAUACCUCUGAGAAGAUUAAAGUGAAAAGAAAAAAAUUGGGAGGCAGAGAAAACUACAAAUCCUAUGCUUCCUGGCAGAACUGAACAUCCCUGGUCCCUGAAAACUCCCUGACAAUGGUGUCAUUUCCAGUUCAAGAGAGGCUAGUCAAGUGUCUCUAAUAAGUCUUCCCCCAGCAUCUAUAGCCCCCUCUCCCUUCUCAAAAAUAAAAGGUUUAUUUUAAUUGGGGGGGGGAUCAUAGAAUUGGAAGGGGUCACAAGGGUCAUCUAGUCAAGAGUUUCUAAAACAUGAGUCUCCAGCUGCUUUUGACUACAGUUCCCAUCAUCCAUGACCACUGGUUCUGCUAGCUAGGGAUGAUGGGAGUUGUAGUCCAAAACAGCUGGAGACUCAAGUUUGGGAAACCCCAGUUUAGUCCAACCCCUUUGCAAUGCAGGAAUAUCAUCUCACACCCAUUUGCAAAAGGAUGUAUAAAACAACCCAAGCAUUUGACAAGUAAACGUUUCAGCAGCACCAGCUGCCAUUUCUGUUUCUACCUAACUUCAGGCAUUUUAAUGACUUUUGAUUUUGGCACAGCAGGGUUGGUCCGUCAAAAGAUGCCAGUAUCGGUGAUGGCCUGAUUCAGCCUAUAUCUGUAUCCUUCUCCGUAGGUACUGAAGCACCUGCGGCACUUGAACUUCACAAACAACAUGGGAGAGCAAGUGGAUUUUGACGAAUCUGGGGGCCUGAUAGGGAAUUACUCAAUCAUCAAUUGGCACCUGUCACCAGAGGACGGCUCCAUUGUCUUUGAGGAAGUUGGACACUAUAAUGUUUAUGCCAAGAAAGGAGAGAGGCUGUUUAUCAAUGAGAACAAGAUUCUGUGGAGUGGGUUUUCGAAGGAGGUAAGAGACACCAGCCACCCCAAACUAACAUUAAUAUUUAUCAACCUUUCCCACAAGGUUCACAGAUCUUUUUGGGCUGAAAUUCUUUCCCAUGGCCAAUGGCAAGGUUCUGUUUUCUUGGGUCCUGCUGCACAGAAGGGGGGAAAAAUGCAUCGUUUUUGUUGCCGCUGCCUGGUUUUAUGCGGGUGAGCAGCAGGCGAAGUGUGCCUAUGUGUGUAGUAUCAGUUCCUGUCCUCCAAAUCAUAGUGCUGGAGUUGCCAUUUUGAAUGCUGUAUAGCAGCGUUUCCCAAAGUGUGGUAUAUGUACCCUUGAGGGUUCCAUAGGUAGAUGGCAGAACUCUUUAUUUUACUUUAUCAUAGUCUUUCUAGCUGCAGAAAACAAUCCAAAGAUAAAAUAGCAUUAUUAAAACUACGCCUGUAAGACUAAAUUCUCAAAAGGGGUAUGCGAUUAUUGGGGAACACUGCCAUUAAACAACAUGAGGCAUCUUUUUUUAAAAAAUAAAUAAAUUAAUAUUUAUUAGAAAUUUAAUAAUUACAAAAAGAAGAAAAAGAGUUAAACAAAGCAAAACAAUACAAUACAUAAAAAACCAAAAAACCCCCACACUGCUUAUCUUAACAAAACAAAAACAAAGACAGAAACAAUUAAAAACACAUCCAAUAUUUUCAUAUCUUGUCUUUCAUUUACUUGUUUCAACAACCUCCUCACACCUCCCUUUUUUGUAUUCUAGUUCAGUUAGCUAUUUCAGCAAAUCCUUUCCAUCUUUCCCAGUUUUUGUCCUAUAAUUUAUCUUAACACAAUCUAACCUUAUUUUUCCCCCUUUGGCCCAUUAACAGUCUAUUUUUACUUAAUUCUUUAUAACAUUUCUGCUAAAGAACAACACGAGGCAUCUGCCUCAGGUGGCAGCUGCUGAGGGGCGGCAGUGAGGAGUUAGAGGACGGAGAUGGGUGUGCCCUGCGCUUGCCUCCCUGAGAUCCCUCCUGUUGCUAUAAGCCCUUUUUGUCCCGCUCCUUUCCAUUGAUCUCCCAGCCCUGUGCCUGGUGCUAGAAUCACAAGUGCAUUGAGCUUUUUUGGGGGUCCUUCCCACCUCUGAGCGCCAGCAAUGCUUUCAAAGGAAGGCAUACAGAUUUACACACAGCCCCAAGCUGCUGUUGCCUUGCUAUUUAGUAGUUAAUUAAAUUGCUCCUAUGUUGUUAUACAUAGGGCUCAUCCAGACUUGCCCUUGCUCUGUUGCUUUGCCUUGGCGAAACCCGAUCUUUGCCACUGAGUUGGAGCAAAUGUCUAUCAAGUGGAUUGAAGUUUGUUCCGAUUGAUCGCUAAAGAGCAGGUUUUCCAGGAGAGAGCAGGUCAUUGGGUUGUUGUUUUUAUUUUUAUUUUGGAUUUUGUGGUUUUAUAUUUUGAUUUUAUUCUGCAAACCGCCCUGAGACCUGCGGGUAUAGGGCAGUUGAAGAAGACGAAGAAGAAGAAGAAGAAGAAGAAGAAGAAGAAGAAGAAGAAGAAGAAGAAGAAGACAAGGACAUAACUGCUUGGACAGACCUGUCCCUAGAAAGUGCGGGACAAGCAGGAAACUGCUUGGACUCAUGAUUUAUGGGCGCAAGACAAGUGCAGGUCUGGAUGAGACCACAGCUGGCAAAUUGUUGUGGUUCCUGGGGGGGGAAAGGCCACUCCAUGAAAUUGUUCAAAUGCUAAGCAACAUUCAGCACCCGACCACUGUUUCGAAAGUCACAGUUUUGAUUUCUGCUUCCACCUUGUGGCUCUUUGGUAUACGUGCAGAAAUCUGCCAUUAGAUCGUGUGUGGCAGUUCCCUGCAAUGCCAGGCAGCAAGGAUUGCUGGGGUGAUGCACAGCAUGGAUUCUGAGCUUGUUUGCUCUCUGACGCAAAGCUAAGUUGGGGCAACAGCUGUUGUGCAUAUCAGCAUGAUGCUGCCUUUGAGAGCUACACCACCAUGGAAAUUUCUUGCCGCUGGCAAUGAGAAACAACCCAUUACCAUGUUAGAUACUGACAGACCAUGCAGAUUCUAAGCCCUCAGCGGCACAAAGAUCACCCUUGUGUUUUAUCAUUUUUCAAGUCAAUUUGGGGCUCACAUUUUGGAGGAACAGGCACACCAUUCCCUACCCACACCCCAGCCCACAAUAUGGUUAUACCUCUCUAGAGUCCCCUAUGACAAUCUUUCUGUCACCAACCCAUCCUUUGAAGCAGCUGCAAGGACCACAGUGUCCUGGGAGAAGCAGCAGCAGACACUGUCUCCUGCCUCCUCUCUCCAGCUAGUGGUAAGGACGGGGCCCCUUGGGUGGAGGGCCCCCUACUUGGUGCCGCCACCCGCAAAAGCAGCAGCAUCGACCUCACAUCGUCUGCACGGAGGGACGGAGCUGGUGACAUGGGCAGCUGCCACUCCUUUCUUAAAGCCUUUGCCACUUAACCAAUAUUCUAUAUUGUAUUUCUUGCACACCGCUUAGAGAUGAUUGCAGUUAAGCAGUACAUACAGUGGUGCCCCGCAAGACGAAUGCCUCGCAAGACGGAAAACCCGCUAGACGAAAGGGUUUUCCGUUUUUGAGUUGCUUCGCAGGACGAAUUUCCCUAUGGGCUUGCUUCGCAAGACGAAAAUGUCUUGCGAGUCUUGAGAUUUUUUUUUCACUUUCCCCCCCCUUUAUCUAAGCUGCUAAACCUUUAAUAGCCUUUUAGCAGCUAAUCCGCUAAGCCUUUAAGCCUUUAAUAGCCGCUAAACCGCUAAUAGCGCUAAUCCGUUAAGCCGCUAAUAGGGUUGCUUCGCAAGACGAAAAAACCGCUAGACGAAGACACUCGCGGAACGGAUUAAUUUCGUCUUGCGAGGCACCACUGUAAAUCGCUUUAAUAGAAUGGAAUAAAAGAAUAUAAAUAAAAGAGCGGUAGCUACUUGCUUGCCUGGUGAAGCAAGGGGCAAUAAAUGCAGCAACCACUGAUUCUCCUUUUUUCUGAACAUAAAUUUUUAUUGGUUUUCAAACAGUUUAACAAAUUCAAUCCAAUUUCAAUGCAGUGUUCCCUUAAGAUUUUGGCUUCCCACCCUUCCUCCCAUGAUGUUUCUAUUCAGAUAAUUAAUCUACUGCCCUAAAGGUAAUAUUUCUCUAAAACAUCUGUCCUACAUUACAUUCCUUUAUCAUUCUCAUUCCUUUGCUUCAAGUCCUGCCUUCCAUUUCAUUUGCCUAUGAUAUUUUCUCAGAUAAUCAGAAAAGGGUCUCCAUUCAAGCGUUUCUUCUUUUUGCUCUCUUAUUUCUGACGCCAAUUUCGCCAUCUCCUGUCUCUCCCCUUUCUGCUGCUGCUCGUGGUCAGCGCUGCUACUCCCUUGCCAAUUUGCUCAGGUGAAUGGUUGGCAGUGGAAGAGAAGUGGCUGUACAGCCCCCAACUGUCCUCUCCCUCAGUGGAAAAGGGGAGGCGCUGCCACCACAGACAGUGGCAUCUAGUAGUUGGCAGACCUGCUAUCAACCCUCUGUGAGUAGCAGCCUCCACCAGGAGGGCUUUGCCUCAUACCUGUUCCUGUUUGGUGAAGUUCAUUUUCUCACCUCAGUCCCUGGAAUGAACUGGAGCACAGCAACUUUAUCUAGGUUUUCACACUCUUCCUGAUGACUGUGCCUCUUUCUGCUCACGGUUGGUUUGUUUUUAAUUCCUCCAGGUGCCGUUCUCCAACUGCAGCAAAGACUGCCCGCCAGGCAGAAGAAAAGGCAUUCUCGAGGGGACAGCUACUUGUUGUUUUGAAUGUGUGGAAUGCACUGACGGGGAGAUCAGUGAUGAGACAGGUAUGGUCUGAGGUGGAGAAAUCGGUGCUUUGCUCUUUUCUGCUUGGAGGCAUUUCCCAAGAUGGAGUUGGAAAACGUAUUUUGAAACUGGAGCCCACAGUCAAAAGGUUUGGGCAAAUUGAGGAUGUAGCAGUGUUGUCGCAGAACCUCUGGAAGAAUUUCAUGGCCUCGUUGAGGGAAGUCAGUUGUCACAGCAACAAAAUAGGAAGGUGUUUGUUUUGAGUGGUAGAAUCAAUAGUAGAUCACAGCUCUUAGAAACUUUGUUUGCAGUGCCUUCACCCCUUGGUAAUAUGUCCUGAGCAAGGACAAAAUUUGGCUUUUUUAUUGAUCUUCUCAGUAGGUAGCCUUCUUCCGCCGCCGCUGCUGCUGCUGCUGCUGCUGCUGCUGCUGCUGCUGCUGCUGCUGCUGCUUCUUCUUCUUCUUCUUCUUCUUCUUCUUCUUCUUCUUCUUCUUCUUCUUCUUCCCCUCCUCUGCUUGUCAACCUGUGUGGAGAAACUGCCCACAUUGCGCUAAAUUGGGCGCUCCCUGGAACUGUCCGUAUCUCAGCCAGGUACCAUUUCCGUCCUAGUUCUAAGGUGGCAAGCCUGCAUUCUGGGGCAUCAUGAUGGAAGCACAUGACAGAAAACUAGUGUGUCAGAGAGAAGCCUAGUUACAAUCCCUGGCACACUAGUUUUCUGUAUGGAGGAAAUUUAUAUGAAAAUGCUGAUUUACCACUAUAGUACCAUCUAGGCCUGGAACUGCCUUCAUAUUUUUAAGGAAGGGGAAUAAUUUGUAAAAGAAUGAGCUUUCCUCUUAUCAUCUACUGCCUGUCCCUUUGGCCUUUUUCUUUAUAUCUGUGGCAUUUUAGAAGUGGAUGGAAUGUUUGUAAUGUAUUGGGUCAUAAUCUUUAUUGCCUCCCCCCCCCCGUUUUAAUGUGGGCUUUUGUUUAUUUUUGUUUGGUGGCUUGUUUGGUCGCAAGUCACUUCAGGUUGCAUUGGGCAAGAUAAAGUAUCUAACAAAUUUAAUAAAAUGAUGCUGAUGGUCAUGAUGAUGAUAAGGUUAGCUGAUACAGGUGUUGUGGCCCUCUGUGCAUAGAGCCUGCAGGGGCAACUACAACCCUGACACCCCUCAAGGGCUCAUGUUCUAGGGGUCUUGCGCCAGACCCCCAUCUACCUCUCAACAUUGCACAAACAAAGAAAAAAGACGAAUGAGACCUUGCAGGUCACCUCAGCCUAAUGCAAUGACUUAGCCAGGCCCUAUAUUGUAAUUUUGAGAGAUGUUUAAUGUUCUUAAGCUUGUAAAAUUGCAUGUGUGUUUUAAUAUUUAUUCAUUGCUUCAUGUAAUUUGUUGAUGUAACCUGCCCUGGGGUCCUAGAUCACUUUAAUAAUUAAAUAAAAUGAGCCAGAGUUGGUCAACUCUCAGGCAGCGGAUAAGACAAUACGCAACAUACAUGCUGUUCAGGUUCAGAAAUUUUUCUUUUCUUUCUUUCUUUCUUUCUUUCUUUCUUUCUUUCUUUCUUUCUUUCUCAAGAGUGUCUUGUCUUUUCCAGAUGCUAGUGCCUGUGAGAGGUGUGAUGAAGACUUCUGGUCCAACGAAAACCACACGUUCUGCAUUCCCAAGCAAAUAGAAUUUUUGUCUUGGACAGAGCCAUUUGGGAUCGCGCUCACCCUCUUCGCUAUACUAGGCAUCUUCCUCACAUCAUUUGUCCUAGGGGUCUUUACCAGAUUUCGCAACACACCCAUCGUCAAGGCCACAAACCGCGAACUCUCUUACCUCCUCCUCUUCUCCUUGCUUUGCUGCUUCUCCAGCUCCCUUUUCUUCAUCGGGGAGCCCCAGGACUGGAACUGCCGCUUACGGCAGCCGGCCUUUGGCAUCAGCUUUGUCCUCUGCAUCUCCUGCAUCCUGGUAAAGACCAACCGCGUCCUCCUGGUCUUUGAGGCCAAGAUACCCACAAGCCUCCAUCGCAAGUGGUGGGGCCUUAACCUCCAGUUCCUCCUGGUCUUCCUGUGCACUUUUGUGCAGAUAGUCAUCUGUGUCAUCUGGCUAUAUACGGCUCCCCCUUCCAGCUAUCGGAAUCAUGAACUGGAGGACGAGAUCAUCUUCAUCACCUGCAACGAGGGCUCCUUGAUGGCACUGGGCUUCUUGAUCGGCUACACAUGCCUCCUGGCCGCUAUCUGCUUCUUCUUCGCUUUCAAGUCCCGCAAGCUGCCCGAGAACUUCAACGAGGCCAAAUUCAUCACCUUCAGCAUGCUGAUCUUCUUCAUUGUUUGGAUCUCUUUUAUCCCAGCUUAUGCCAGCACCUACGGCAAAUUUGUCUCGGCGGUGGAGGUGAUCGCUAUACUGGCUGCCAGCUUUGGGCAGCUGGCUUGCAUAUUCUUCAACAAGGUCUACAUCAUCCUCUUCAAGCCCUCGCGUAACACCAUCGAGGAGGUGCGCUCUAGCACCGCUGCCCACGCCUUCAAGGUGGCUGCCAAGGCUACGCUGCGGCGCAGCAAUGUGUCCCGCAAGAGGUCCAACAGUCUUGGAGGCUCCACAGCCUCGACCCCAUCCUCAUCCAUCAGCAGUAA